GGCGGAUAUGCCGGGUGGCAAGGAUAAUCAGACGAAUAGAGGUAUCCCUUUUGACCGAAUUAUGAACCCACUUGGCAUAUGUUUAUCCGAGGAAUAGUUGCUCUGAACCUAAACGUGGUCCGGUUAAAUCGGCUUCAUGGUCUAGUGUGCGGGGUAAACAAUGGGAUCGUCACAAUUGUUUAUUGGCGCGUCGAAAACCUGGGGCAAUAGCGGAGCUGCCUCUGGAGAUGGGAGAAUAAGCCAUCGACUGCUGAGACCAAAUUCUCGCCGCUACUCUUACCUUCACUCGAUCAUUGUUUGUAAAGACACGAAACCCUAGCUUACUUCGCUCAAUGGACAUUCGUGCGACGAGAAAACUCAAUGGACAACCAUCCCGGGCACGGAUCGCAUGCCUUCACUGCCGGUCACGCAAAGUGAGAUGUACCCUUGCGGUCAAAGGACCUCCCUGUACGAAUUGUCAUUUGGACGGAUUGGAAUGUGUUACUCGCCCUAAAUUGCGCAAGAAACCGCAGGCCUUGACGUAUACUUCACGGACUAGGGAGGGCAUUCCAUCCACACCAGUACAAGAGAUUGAAACCCAACGCUCUGAAGUUUACGAAGUCACAGAGGAUCAAGAUGAGGCCCCGAGAAUCUGUGAUCUGAAUGGUAUGAACAUCUUCAGACACCAAAGAAAAACAGCUUCUGGAAAUCAUGAUGGGCUUAUUGAAGCCGCUCUCAGCGUGGACUUAUACUAUGAUUGCUCUGUUACCAAUCGCGAUGUCUCUUUCUCCUACUAUCCCUAUCUAAGAGCGCCCAAUCUCCAGCGCCUACAACCAGCCGAUCGGUCGUUUCUAGAAUCUCAGAAAAGCUUCCACGUGCCUUCCGAGCCAAUACUCGACGCCGUGAUGUCACGCUACUUCCUAUACGUCCAUCCAUGUUUGCCCGUCAUAAAUGAGGCGGAGUUCUGGCGGAUGCUCAAUCAAGAAGCGCCGGGAAAGGUCUCUUUCUCUCUUCUUGUAUUUCAAGCAAUGAUGUUCGCCGCUUGCAGUUAUAUCUCAUUGGACGAUGCGAAGAAAUGGGGUGCCGGGUCGAUUUUGGAAAUGCGCAAUUCAUUUUAUCGGCGAGCAAAGCUUCUUUAUGAUUUUGGUGUUGAGGAUGAUCAUCUGUGCAUCGCUCAAGCCCUAACACUACUGACGUACCAAAGCUCGGCAACUGACCACCUGAGUAACAGCACUUGGCUUGGACUUGCUAUUCAGCAAGCUCACCUGGUAAACGCACAUGUCUACCAUCGCUGUCCUGCCGGAGCUAGAUAUAAGAGAUCUGAUCUUAAGCGUUUAUGGUGGUGUCUUAUCAUCCGUGAUAGGAUCAUCGCUCUAGGCACGCGACGGCCGCUCCAGAUUCCCCCAGCACACUUUGACGUCAUAUCCAGAGAUCCAUUGCUAACGGAGGAUCUAUCUGAUGAGAUCAAAACAUCCCGCGUCUAUGACCCCGAGACGAAAGAAAGGCUUUGCAAGAUCAUGACUAGCUUAUGUCGACUUGCUGCCUCAAUGACAAGUCUCAUAAUGACUCUUUACCCACUGGACCCAUUCCCCGAUUGCCAGGGAAGCCAGUCUGCUGAAAUAGCUUCAAUCGAUGAUAUUCAGUCAGGAAUUCAAUACUGGGCAGCUACUCACAUGCUACGGCCGUCCUCCGAGGAUUCUGACUGUCAUUCAUCCGUUGCUUUCUUCAAGCAGCUGACAGCUUUGUACUUUGAAUCCGCUCGCUUGGCACUUUAUCAGUACAUUUCCUUCCGAAUACAUCGAAACCAGCGACCAGAUGAUUGGCCAGACCUAAUGGAUGCAGUCACAGCCAUCCACGAAGUGGUGAAACGCUUUGUGGUCGACGGCACGGCUAGUCAUCUACCAAUCAGUGCUGUUGCGUAUACAGCCCUCCCACAGAUGGUGCUGAACCUGAACCUUAGGCUUUCCAGUGAUACGACAACUCGUCGGCACCAAGAGAAUGUCUUGAGUAUCUACAUGGAAUUGAAUCGACAAUAUGUCCUGCGUUACGACGUUUCACACGUCGGCACCUGGGUAAACAGAAUUGUCCGGCUCUUCGAAUUAUCUCUAUCGCCCAUCAAGCCACAACUGGCAGACCUCACUCGACGACAGAGGUUGUUCCCCGGGAAGGACUGCUUGUAUCUGCUUGAACUUGAGCCCGAACUGUAUUUCAAGAUUUCUGGAAUGAUGGACGAAUCAAUGGCGACUGGUCAGCUAGCAUUUGAGUAUUCGGGAUCACAAUUGGGGUUUCCCUCUACGGACCUAUCUUCGUCACUUUUGCACAAAGAAUAUUCGGAUUCUCAUGCGGAAACUUCUCCGCAACAUUAUCAGUUCGGUCAGAUCUUGCCACUUGAGGAAGACGCUAUACAGGAGGCAGGCGACGAAUCAUAUACGGUGGAUCUCACUUCGAUUGAGCUUCUUUCGAGGGGACUGGGGCUAUUUGGAGAGUAGUAGCAAGCUAAGAUUUCAUGCGAGAUAUGCAUUUAAG